AUGGUCCAGACCACGCGAGCCGCAAAAUACCUUGGUGUCUUGUUGGACAAUAAGCUGACUGGGAGGGACCAGAUUUUCCGUACAGCAGACAAGGCCUCUAAGAUGGUAACUCAUCUUAGGAGGCUCAUGGCAAACUUCCGCGGUUCCAAGUCCAGCAGGAGAAGACUGUUAAUGUCUACAGUCCAGUCCGUGCUUCUUUACGGGGCUGAGGUGUGGGCAGACGCACUAAAUAUUGAAUUUUAUCGGAUACGGAUCGCCCGGGUACAGCGUUUAGCGGCGCUCCGGACGUGUUCCGCCUACCGUACAGUGUCUGAGCCUGCCGUCCUGGUUAUUGCUGGAGUCAUCACCGUCAAGCUUUUGGCAGGGGAGAGGAAGGCAAUUUAUCAGCGACAAGGCGAAAUCGGCAAGGACACUGCAAGGCCUGCGGAGCGCUCUCGUACGUACCACCAAUGGCAUAAGAGCUGGCAAACAAGACACCCGUGGUCGUUGGACUGCCAUUCUUAUCAAACAAAUCCAUCCGUGGGUACAAUGGCGGCAUAG